AUGUCUUCAGAAUCAGAAGAGGAUAAAGAGAGGCUGGUUCAAGCUGCCAAAACAUUUUUCCUUCACAUGCAAGAUCUUGCUGCCUUCACUAACAUGCUUAUUGAAUUGUUUAACAGCACUAUGAAUACUCAGAUCCAGUCCAUGACUGUGAAAGAAGAUGAUAAUGCCAAGGAUGUCUUUGAACAAAUGUUCAAAAUUUUUAAAGAGAUGCAAUCUGUAGUGGAGACAAAGUAUGACCAAAUGCAAAAGGAACCUUUAUAUUCCAAGAUUGCAACAGCUGUUUGCUCUAUGGUUGAGAAUACCACCAAUGUAAAGGAGUUGCAGCAGUCGGCUAAAGAAGUGUUCAAAACUGUUCAAACACCAGUCAUUGUCUCUGCAUUGAAUAGUAGCAACAUCCUUGGGAUUUUGGAAUCUUCUCUUUCACUCUUGAUGAAAUAUCCCGUCAUGAAUCUUCAGUUAGGUGACCUCUAUAGAAAAGACACCAAAGAGCAAUCAGAUGCCAACACAUCCAAGAAAAACACAAGUCCGGGUCCAUCCAAAAUUGGUACAAUAGACAUCUUGAAAAAAUUGCAGGAUGUGCUAGAAACUGAGGAUUCCAAGAAUACCAUCAAGUCAAUUGCAGUUCAGUUGGAGGAAGUUGUCAAAACAGUAGCGCCAAUCUUAGAAGUCCUCCAAAAAGCCAUAAAUACUAUGGAAACCAAGGUUUCUGUGCCCAAGAAAGCCAAUUACUAGUAGGAGUGCAACAGAACUGCUCAUUUCUGUCAGAAAAUCAUUUUGUAUCCUGUGAAUAUUUGGAGUAUGUUUUAAGACCUUUGAUGCCACAAAUGAGUUAUGUUAGGACAGAAGUACAAAGAGUAGUCACCCAGUAGACCAUUUACCUCAAGUUUUGCUUUAUUCAAAUAAAAAUAAUCAAAGAAAACCUACUUGAAAUGGCAGUUACUAAAAAUAACAUAUUGUUCAGAACAUCAAGGAAAUGUAUUACAUUUGAGGAUGUCUCUAAACAUUACAUAUCAUCUUAAAGCAUAAUUAAAAUAACCCUAAACUAAUUUCUACUCUUAGUAGUCCUAUUUCUAGAUACUACAGUGAGAAGUCCAGGUAAAUGUAAACAUUAUCAUUAGAUAAUCUGGCAGAAACUACUGUUCAGGCACAGGAAACAUAUAAAGUAAUUUUCGGCAUUUUUAAAAAGAUUUUGUUUAAUUGAGAGAGAGAGAAAGAAUGAGCAGGGGUAGUGGCAUAGGCAGAAGCAGACUCCCUACUGAGCAGGGAGCCUGCUGUGGGGCUCAAUCCCAGGACCCUGAGAUCAUGACCUGAGCUGAAGGCAGAUGCUUAACCAUCUGAGCCACCCAGGUGCCCCUACCUUCUGCAUUUUUGUCACUCAUAUACCAAUCUCUGUAUCAUCAGUGCCUUACCUAUCAUAAGCCAUCACUAGAUUCUUUUGGUAUGACUUAUCCAGGAGUAAAUAAGAACAAUCAAUGAAGAGUAAUAGUUUUCUUACUUGGAUAAGACCAGGGCAAAUGGUUUAUUCUUGUCUGUCUCCUAUUGAGGUGUUAUAAUUAGGAGCUAUUGGAGUUUCAAAAAUGGAGGUGCUCUAACCUUUCACAAAGAAAAGACUGUAACACUCAUAGAAGUAGGAUUUCUGAGAUGUGCUUGUAUUGGGGAAGGAAGGUUAGACAAAUCCCUUGCCUACCAGAAGGUCUUUGGCCCUUAUCCAUGGGAAAGAGUGUAUGCUUUCAAGAUGGCCCUAUUCUACAUGACACCUAACAGGAACUUUGUUGAGAAUUUUUAAAAAGCAAUGAAUAACUCUAGUUCUUUCUUGGAAUUUUUCUUCUGAGAAUACCUAAGGUUUGUCCUCAUUCAAACAUGUUCUCAUCUCAAGUUUGAAAUCUCAUUUUCUCCUCUACAAAUAAAACAUAUUUCCCUACACUUAAAAACUAGGCUGAAAUAUGAAAAACUGAAAGAGAAAAAAAAACUGUGAGCAUUUGAUGGAGUGGGGGAAGAAUACACUCUAUUUCUGUACUUUUAAGUCUGCGAUGCAGUCACAUCCACCAAGGUUGCCACCAUGACCUCCUCAGUUGUGGAUACUUUGAAGUUGCA